AUGGCAUAUCAUAAUUCGAUCGUGCUGUUUCCUGAUUUCAUCGCGAUACUCACAGACCAAGUUUUGCUUGCUUUCUUGAGAGGUAUACGUUUUACAUAUAUAUUCUGAAUAGACGUAUCUGGAUGCAAAGUAGAUAAGGCUAGUAAUCUUUGGACAUUUGCUGAUUUGGUUUAGUUAAGAGCAGGAGAGAGUUGAUUUUGCGUCAGUUGCAUGUGAUACUAGAUUAAUUUCAUUUCGUCUCCACUAAACACCGCAGGUUUCACGGUUUUCUCCUGUAGUAACACUGGAUCAAUAAGAGAUGAUCCUUACUGGACCUCUAGGCAGAACAGUUUAGAACUGAUAGAGUUAUCUAGUAUAAAUAAAAUUAGUUUAGUUUAGGUUUCCUCCUGCAGUAACACUGGAUCAAUAAGAGAUGAUCCUUACUGGACCUCUAGGAAGAACAGUUUAGAACUGAUAGAGUUAUCUAGUAUAAAUAAAAUUAGUUUAGUUUAGGUUUCCUUCUGCAGUAACACUGGAUCAAUAAGAGAUGUCCUUACUGGACCUAUCUAGAGAACAGCAUAGAACUGAUAGAGCUAUCCAGUAUAUAAUCAAAGUUCAAGUUUUUAGCGUCUUUUAAGGAGGCCUAUUAUUGGGGGUCGGUUGUUCUGCAAAACUUUCUUCUUCAUCGUUAAAUAACCGCCUUCGUGCAAACCAUGUCGGCCAUGGACAGUCGCAACGACGAGAGGAUGAAGGAGGCAGAUUUUCGUUGAGAAGCAUUUAACUGAUAUAUAUUCAGGAAUCUUGCAAAGCAGCUGUAGUUGGGGUGUGAGAUGUGAACGAAUUGUACCUGAAUAGGAACUUAAAUGUUAAAAUGUUACCUUCAAUGUAGCAAUUAUAUUCAUGUGUUACUCGUAUGUUCUGGGCCUGGAGGCCUCGCAUGGCUUGCUGACAUAAAUAGAACACAAUAUCUCUGAAGAAUUUAUGAACAAAGAAAAUUAAAAACAAAAUACUUCCGCCGUUUAUUAUAACAGAAUACUUAAUUAAUGCAGAGCUAUAGGAAACCUUAGCCUGUAUAUUAUCAGUUUUAAACUCUUCUUCCUAAAGGCCCAGUGUUACCAGCUACAGGAGGAAACCUUAACUAAACCAACUUUAUAAACCAAAAGCGCGUCAGUGCUUGCUGCAUAACCUUCUGCAUGCAAGUUGAUGAAAGGAAUCGACAAUAUAUAAGGAAUUUGAAACUAAAAUUUUACUCGCUUGUUAUGCCAUAGAUUUAUCUUAUUUACAUAUCAUAAGAGACUAAAAUAAGUCGAGAACGAAAAAAGAUAAGCUAGAAAAGUUGUACAGUAACCUAUUUUACAGUGUUACAUGUUCUUUCUGCUUAAAACGUUGCCUUGUAACUCUUCUGUUUUUAUGGCCAUUAUCACGGAAGACAAGACUUUGACUUUGUAUAGACAUUCAGGCAACUAAGCGUAAUAAAUAUUAUUGUUAUAUCCUUGACCCUGUACUUUGUAGGUUUGCAUGCAUGGCAAAAUAAAUUCGCGAACUCCAGUUCCGACCUCCGAAGUUUAGAUCAUUUUUCAAUGACAGAAAGCCUGAUUCAAUGAGAAAUUUACUAUGCUUCAUUAGAUUUUAUUUUUGUGAAGACUGCAGCCAAUCUUCAAAUGGAGCUUAUGUCAAAUAUAGUCCAUCCUCAACGAUUUCCCGUCACCGAGCGAUAACUUCUUCAUCGUAAGCCGCUAUGAAAAUUGAGAUAUAUCCGCCCUCUCAAAUGCGCAAAAACCGACAAACUAUAAUAGACUUCCUUUUAAUGACUUUUUUGCGCUCAGUAAUUGUUAUUUGUAAAAGGACGCCAUAUAUAACCACAUUUUCUGUCCUCCAGAAAUUGAAAACAUGUCCAAAACGGAGAAAGAUAUGUUUACACAAGAAGAGGCCGUGGAAUUUCUUCAGAAUUCAUGGAAGAUCAAAAACGUGCUCGACAGAAUGAAAACUGAUCGAAAAAACCUUGCAGAUGAAAUAGUCACUCAGAUCCUAGCGAAGGUUCCUUUUCAGAGCAUCUCGUUGGUAGCAGCUAAGCCAGAAGAUCGCAACCGACCUUCUUUUGAAGAUAUUAAAGCAAGAUGUACAACAGGUGCAAAUAUUUGUAAUUCCUCAUGGGGUAUUUUACAAUCUUACUUUUUUUCUGUCUUCAACAGGCAAUCACAUUCACAUUGUGUAUGUAUCAGUGUGUAAGGGAGCGGUCAUUAUUCAUGGAAGGGGUUUGCACUGAAGAGAAAUAUUUUUCAGUAAAAAUGUUGAUGAUCCAACGUUGAUGAUCCAACAAUUAAAAAGUUAAACCUUUUUACCCAACCUCAAAUAUCAAUCAAUAAUAUAUACCCACCCCUGACCUAAAACGUUACAGAAGGAUACCUUUCAGUUGUCACGUAUGCCCUUUACCACUUCAGCUGUAACAUGAGUUUGAUCGUAUGUGCAAUUUUCUGUAGUGUCUAAAGUUUCAUAUUGUCUGCACAUGUAUUUUCUUUGGAGACAUUUCCUCCUGACAAAUGAUCAAGAUAGUGACUCUGAUUGAUUUACAUAUUGUAUUGACGUGACAUAUGACUGUUGACAUUGCUUUUUAUACUCCGUAUGCUUUGGAAAUGACAACCCUUGAGCUAUUUUGUUUUUCUUUUACCCACCCUUUUACUUACUAAAAAUUUUGUUUGCCCAACCUUUUUCUCUUCGGUGCCCCCCCCCCAAAAAAAAAUAACCGCUCCUUAACUCAUUAUCAAUCCAUUUGUUCUUGCGCAUAAAACUGUUGUUUUUGUUUAGGAAUUGGUGGGCUGUGUUCCGAGAUGAACACAUUCACAUGGGGUCUGUUAAAAGGUGUGGGGUUCGAUAUAUGCCUGGCUCCCUCUACAGUAACUUCAACAAUUACAGCCCCAGAGAAUCACGCUAUCCUACUGUUAAGAGGCCUUGAGCAAGAUGGCGACUUGUACUUGGCAGAUUGUGGAAUGGGCUUCCCAACAUUUCGCACUGUUUCGUUAGAUUUCGCCGAAGAGUCCCCAAUUUUCAAAGAUAGCUUUUUGGAGUACAAAUAUGUCCGGCACGAGGGGAAAAUACUAAGAAUGCACGGAAAAGGGGAUAUG